GGGCGGGGGUGCGGCGGUACCGGGGCACGGCUGACGUGCUGCCUGCCAGAGACGGGGCUCAUUUCGGCGGGGAGAAGAGCGGGGACAGGAGGGCAAGGCUGCGGCUGCUACGGUCACUUCCCGCCCUACCUGCCUCCAGCCGGCACCGACCCCGGACCUGGGAAAGCGGAGGGAAGGGGCCCGCCUAGCCGUGAGGAGAGAGGAGAGGGAUGGGAGGCGGCCAGGGAGCUGCCCCCCGCCUGCUCGGGGCCCUGUGCCUCUCCGCCCUCGCCUGCUUCCACUUGGUGCGAGGCAGGGGAGCCGGAGCAGAGUGGACCCUGGAGAAGUAUUCUCACCAACCAAGAAUUUUGAAUUCUGAUGCUAUUCAAGAAGUUGCAGCCAACACAGACAUUUCUGAAAUGUGGGAGAAUGAUCUGCGUCCUAUGCUGAUAGAAAGAUACCCGGGGUCACCAGGAAAUUACAUCGUACGACAGCAUAUCAAGCAACGUCUUCAGAGAUUACAGGCUGGUUGGGACAUUGAAGAAGAUACAUUUCAGGCAAACACACCAUAUGGGUAUCAAACAUUCUCAAAUAUUAUCAGCACUCUCAACCCCUCUGCAAAACGCCAUCUCGUACUUGCUUGCCACUAUGAUUCAAAAUUCUUUGGGCUACAAUGGCAGGAAAGAGUGUUCAUAGGAGCAACUGAUUCAGCUGUGCCUUGUGCUAUGCUAUUGGAGCUGGCACGUGCACUGGAUAACAAGCUUCAGUUAAUCAAGACCAGCUCAGCAUCAAGAUCAGACCUUUCACUUAAACUCAUUUUUUUUGAUGGUGAAGAAGCCUUUGUCCAGUGGUCCCCUUCUGAUUCCCUCUACGGCUCUCAACACUUAGCAAAAAAAAUGGUAUCAACUCCACAUCCUCCUGGUUCAACAACCACAAAUCAGCUGCAGGGCAUAGACCUGCUUGUACUGCUGGAUUUAAUCGGUGCACCAAACCCCACCUUUCCCAAUUAUUUUCCAAAAACUGUUCGAUGGUUUCAGAGGCUUCAAGCAAUUGAGCAAGAGCUACACAACAUGAAUCUGCUGGAGAAUCACCUUGCUGAAAGGCCGUAUUUCCAGUCCACUUUACAUCGAGGCUUAGUUGAAGAUGACCAUAUUCCAUUUUUAUUAAGAGGGGUUCCAGUCCUACAUCUGAUUCCAUCCCCUUUUCCUGCAGUAUGGCAUACCAUGGAGGACACAGAAGAAAACCUUGACAAAACCACUACUGACAAUCUCAGCAAAAUUCUGCAAGUGUUUGUACUGGAAUAUCUAAACCUGUGAUAGACAAAAUGGCAACAAACCAAACUCCAUUCUAAAUACUCCUUUCUCACCUUCACAUUUGCUAUUUAAUUGCAUUAGAGAGCACUAAAGUGAAUGAAAAUCCAAUGAUGACUCUUGCUAGACUGAUUAUUGAUUCAGCUGUUCCUGACCCAGGGUUCCAUGGAGUCAAAUGAGAUAGCAUUAAAUAAGAAUUAGUUUCAGCCUGUAAACAGUUUGGUCUUUCCAUGUUGUAGCUCUGAAUUAAAAAUAAAAUUCCAGAUUGUGGUAUUUUAUACUACAUAUUAAGGUCACAGGAGGGAAUGCCUCCUGACUUAAGGAUUAGCUACAGUUUAUAGGGGGUGUGACCAACUUUUGCAAUGUUCAGCAAUGGUAAACAGUAAUUUAUGUAAUUACAGUAAGUUAUGUAAUUUACAAAUUAUCAAAAGGAGCAAAAAUCACACUAAAACAAACCUCCACCAAAAAAAAUCAAGGACAAGCCAUAGCCUGUAAUAUCAAAAAAAGAUACCAGUUUAACAACCCUAUGCUUUUACAUUCUUAACUGGAAUUAUUCAGUUAGUUUCCACUGGUAAGAAAAAGAGCAUCUGAAAAAAUUUAAAAAUCAAGAUGGUAGAGGGGGAGCUGAGAAAAAAAAAGUCAGUAUUACUGCUCUGAACUUCUUUCAUUAGAAAAUUCUAUCCUGAGCAAAAGAAAUUUAAA